AGCUUUUGUCCAUAUGCAGAUGGAGACAACAACAUAAAGCUAAGUUAUACGAAGCCAAAGUGUAUUUUCUUGAUCCAAUAAAUCUUUUAAUGCUGUUCACAUUGAUAUCCGUGUUUGAUUCAAGUUUUUAAACAUGCAACAAAUUCUAUCAAUGUACUAUGUGAAUCUAACAACUUGACUUUUUAAAAUGUUGAAAUGUCAGAAUCAAAGAAAAAGAAAAAUGCAGUGCCGUGAUUUAUUGACAAAGAAACAAUUCUUUGCAGUUUCGGCCAGAAAUCCAUUCAUACUGAGAUAUUAAUUGCCUACCUUUCACUCUUUGUUUUUUUUUUUCAGUUAUUCUAUGAAUAUAAAAAAAAUUAGAAUGAGAAAUUGAGAAUAUUAAUUCUGAACGCUGUCCAAUUCUGUGCUGUUAACUUUUUUACUUUUUGCUUUUUCCUUUGAGUGGAACAGUUAAUAUAUCGAACACAAACCCGUGAUUGUAAAAUGAGUGGAUAUGGACAAGUAGUAUAUUAAAUUAAAACAAUGCAAGGAGCAUUGCAUCUUUAUAAGAAAGUGCAAGGACCAUAUUCUUUACCAUUCAUCCCCAAUCCUUUUUGCCCCAUCAUUGGAUAUGGAAUUUUCCACUCUUUCAUGGCUACAUUCUCCUAUCCUCAUUUCAUUUUUCUACUUCAUUGUAAUAUCCACAUUGAUAUGUUCAUCAACAGCAACAAGAGACCUUGCCCCAAAAUCAGAAAUAAAUACCUCUGAGUUCAUUAAGACAUCUUGUGGUACAACAUUGUACCCCAAAUUAUGCAUUGAAACGCUCUCACCUUACUCAAACUCCAUCCAAACAAGUCCUAUGGAAUUGGCCAAUUCAGCACUCACUGUGAGCUUAAAAGGAGCUAAAUCUACCACGAACAAAAUCUCAAAAAUGUCCAAAGAAGAGAACUUAGGUCCAGCAGAAGUACAUGCCUUAACAGACUGUGUCGAAAACAUGGAGGACUCCGUGGAUGAGCUUCAGAAAUCAUUGUUGGAGAUGAAGAAUUUGAAUGGACCAGAUUUUGAAGAGAAAAUGGGGAAUGUAAUGACAUGGGUAAGUGCUGCUUUGACAGAUGAAGAUACUUGUAUGGAUGGAUUUGACGACAAUUCUGCAUUGAAUGGGAAAGUUAAGGCCACUAUUAGGAAUUACAUUGUUAAUGUGGCUCAAUUAACCAGCAAUGCUUUAGCUCUUACCAAAAAUCUUUCCUCCUCUUAGCACAUUAAAUUCACCACUGUAAUUUUUUAGCUGCUUUCCAUUUCCCAUUUUGGAAACCAAAACAGAGUUCUCUUCUGUAUUUUUCCAGUUUCAUGAGGAAAAAAUUGUGUCUGUCAAGAUCUUCUUGAUUCAAAGUUCAUACAACAGGGUGACCUGAUAAAUGUAUAAAAAAAUUAUGAAGAGCUUACUUGUCAAA